CAAAGCUGUAACACUGGUUUCGGAAGCGCAAAAAAGCUGCGAAUCACGAGAGUUGCGUGGGCUCGUAAGUUUUGCUUUCGCGGGUGCUGGCUGUCAGGGGAGUCUGCGGAUUUGAAGGUUAAAGUUCGACACGGGACCUCCUAUGCCCGACAGUGUUCUCAUUCAUGAAUGAUGAAAGUGAAUGUCGUCUUUUGGUAGAGCAAAGUUUCCAAUCACUGGAGAGAUGAGCAAAUUUGGAAUCUUUAGUGACAAUAUGGGGCCAACUGUAAAGGAUUCUCCCCCAAGCAGCCCUGGUUCUGAAAGCAUGAGUAGUGCCACUUCUGGGCGACGGAAAAGACGGGGGAAUGAGACCGGCACGACGUCGGCCGGCUCGCAAAAUUUUUCGCACUCAUCACAGUAUACUCCGAUGGAAUCAAAAUACCAACCUAAAGAAGAGAAAGAAUCAAAAAUGUUUGACAAUGGUGUCAGUGCUCCCCACAUGCUGGGUAAUCAAUUAAAUCCAACCUCGUCGAUGGCACAAAAAAUGUCUGAUACUCUUUCUCAAGAGAUGAAAGCACACUCAAUCUUUACAGAAGCAAGCAAUUCGGGCAUGAAUCUGAUUGGGCCACCACUACACAGCCGAGUUAUCGCUUCAGCCAAAGCUAGUCAAAAUGCUUCAACCACUCCCUCAUUUUCGUCAAUGUUUUCUGCAAACAACAGCACGGGUGCUACCAAUAACAGCGGAGUAUUAGGAAGUGGCUCAAUACCUCAAACCCUAGAUCAACUAUUGGAGAGACAAUGGGAGCAAGGCAGUCAAUUUCUUAUGGAUCAAGCGCAACAUUUUGAUAUUGCUUCACUUCUAUCAUGCUUACACCAAUUAAGAGCAGAAAAUUUAAGGCUGGAAGAGAACGUAAAUAGUUUGUUGCAGAGAAGAGAUCACUUACUUGCUGUGAAUGCUAGGCUAGCUAUUCCACUCACAUCACCAUCAAACACUAGUACUCAUUCAUCAAUUGUCGAAAAUGGGUUACCAACGAAUUCACCUGCUGAACCAGCAUCACAUUCACAAUUUUCACACAGAGCAUCAUCUGUAAAUCCCUCACAACAAAGUACAACGAUUCGACAUGCAUCUGGAGGAAAUAAUUACCAAGGGCAAUCAAGCAAUUUAAUCUCACAAAACAACUCUAACAAUUCAAACUUAAUUAGAAAUACAUCUGUUGAUAUGAUGCGAAGUAUCCAAAGAUAAAAAUAGUUGAUAUACUUUUACACUCAGUUUUUCAUAUAGGAUCUUUCACUAACAAUUUGGAACAUCAAUUAUCCUAUCAGUCUAUAGAGUCAUAGUCUGAUGAGGACGAAACAACGUCGUCGAAAUUAUGCUUCUUUGGCUUACACGAUUAAAUCUAUUCCUUACCUUGAAUGAAAAUUAUUCUUCAGUUUCAUUAUAUAAUAAACGUAAUAAGUGACAUUUAUGAAUCGUCUGAUCUACUUUAAAACUAGAGCUAAAUUCGUAUUAAAAAAAUGUAUCAACUUAUCAUUUAAGAAAACAUUUUGACUGUAUGAUAAUUAAUAAUCUGUGUAGUUUAUAAAAGCAAGUACGAUAAGAAAUAUACCAGUUUUCAUACAUAAA